GCGGGGCAGAGGAGCCGUUUCGACCCGACAGCCGCGCGAGCCUUUUCCCUGGCGGGGCCCGGACCUGCAGCCGGAUCAGCCGGGCGGGGACUCGCCUCUCCUCGGCCAAAGCAGCGCCGGCCAGCUCUCUCUCCCCCCAACAGCGCCGCCUCGGCCCCGGAGCUCGCCCGCAGGACAGCCUCGGCCGGAGAUACUUUGGUUCUGCGACUGUUGGAGUUCUCACGCAGGAGGAUGGUUCUUUGCAGAGGUUCUCCGUUCCAGCCAUCCUGAUGAAAAUGUAGCAAGACAGGAUCUCGUGAUGAUGCUGAGCCUGACCGGCCGGGUGAGCAGAGGGCUGGUCCUUUUGGCCAUGGUGCUCACAACCGCCUCCGUCACCACACCAGGAGAAUGGGGAGAAGAAGGGGUGACCUAUGCCGAACUGGGGAGCGAUGUGGUCCUGACCUGCCCCGGAGCACAUGCAAGCUCCAUGACCAGGUGGCAGCGGAACGGGGGCUCGGGGCUCCCCACGGACUCCCAGGUCCAGCAGGGCCAGCUGCUCUUGAGCCACGUGGGCCUCUCCUCCGAAGGCACCUACAGCUGCCAGGACGGUGGUGGGCGUCUCCUGGGCUCCGUUGUACUCCGAGUUGGCCGACCGCCUGGGCCGCCCUCCGUCUCCUGCCGAGCUUCCAACUACGAGAACUUCUCCUGCUUCUGGACACCCAGCACUGAGACACACCUGCCCACCAGAUACAUCACCAGCUACCUGACGAAACAGCUGCCCGGAAGUGACAAGUCGAGCAGGUCGCCGGUCAGCCGUGUGGGUCCGUGUGUCCAGGAUCCCAGCCUCCCCCUCUCCUGCACUGUCAGCAAAUCCCAGUUCUGGAGCUCGUACCGUGUGAAUGUGACGGAGGUGAACCCGCUGGGCUCCAGCUUCGCCCUGCUGGACAUCAUUGCCCACAGCAUCACCAAGCCAGAUCCUCCAGAGCGUGUCCGGGUGGAGCCGGUGCCCCUGGCCCCCCGGCGGCUGCGCGUCAGCUGGGAGUACCCCUCCUCGUGGCCCAAAGAGCCUUCCUUCCAGCUCCACUUCCGCCUGCGCUACCGGCCCCUCCUUCACGACUCCUGGUCAAUGGUGGAGACCAGCAACGUGUCCGAGGUGAUCACGGAUGCCGUCAUGGGCCUGGAGCACACGGUCCAGGUGAGCGCCAAGGACUUCCUGGAUGCUGGAAGCUGGAGCGAGUGGAGCCCAGAGGCGCGAGGCUGGCCGGCUGCAGGACAGGUCGCUGAGCCCAGCGAAGCUGCUCCGGGCACCGUUGAACUGGACCCGCCAGCCGAAGAGCCCUCUCCGGCCCCUGACAACGAGCCAGUCGCAGGGCAGGGGGACUCGGUGGAGAAGGUAGCAACGCUGGUGUCGCUCGGGGUCUUCGCCUUCUUUGCCCUGGUGGCCCUGCUGCUCUUUGCCUUCCUGGUGUGGAUCCGGGCGAAGAAGCAGAGCAAAGAGGCCAAUAAACACCAGGAGCUGCUCUCAGCUGCCACCCACCUGAAGGCCUUGCCGAAAGGCCAGAUCUUGUAGCACAGCUCUGCCUCCGCUUGGCAGAUCAGCCUCCUCCUCCAGCCAGGGGACCGUGGACCUCACCCACUGCAGCUGCUGUUGAUUCUCCAGGGCACGUGACCCGGGCACCCUGCCCUCCCCAGCCACCUUGGACCUGCGCUGCUUAUCUGCUGGAACUUGGCAUCGGUGGCCCCGGCUAGUCCCCACCCCCUGCUGCAAACAGGCUGCCUGCCAGAGGCUGCUGAGUUUGGACUCGUCGGGGAGCAGCUGGUUGGAGAAGGGGUGCUGUUGGCUGAGCUCCAGGCACCCCCGUCUCUCCUGUAAAGUUGAAGCUCAGCAGGCUGGAGGGACCAGACUCUUCGGGACGGCCGUGCUGAGAGAGAGAGAGAGAAGAGACCAGCCUGGCAGGAGACCUGAAAGAGCUUUUGCCCCCUCCCCCUCCCAAGGGGAGAAGCCAGGCAGAGCGGAGGCAACAGCAGAGACCUCCCCGUAUGCCAGUUGUGGGGCUGUAUGUGUGUGUGUGUGUGUUUGUGUGCGGAUACAUCUGUGCUUGGUUUGGUUCAGAGAAUUAAAUUUCAAAUGUUGGGUUUUCUAAUGAAUCUUGGGCAGUGCAAACCUUCCUUGCGUGGAGAAGAUGCCGGGUUCUGCUCAGAGCUUUGGCUGGACGGACUCCCUGGCCAGAGGGCUGAGGAACACCCCCCCCCCACCACUGCCUCUUACUGUGCCCCCUGGCCCAACCGCAAAGGCCAGGGGAACAUUGGCAGAGAGGUUGGCGUGGCCUGCAGAGGCAGAGGGCAGUCGAUGGCUGCUCCAGAGGACUUUCAGCCCUGAAGGAGCCCUGGCCCCUGGCAUGCAGGAGUGGGGCACCCUGCUUGCUUUUCCCCCAAAGGAGACCGAAGGCAAACUUCAGGAGUUGGGGGAGCAGAGGGGUGCUUGGUCUGCUUGCAAACCGGCACAAGAAAAUCCACCUCCUGACACCGGCCAGGCACCACCAUGGAGGUGGCCUUGGGUGGACAAGAGGGGGGAGACGGGCAGUGGGCAGCCUCAUCCGAAUGGCCAGAAGACUGGAUGGGGUCACCGCAGGCUGGUUUGUAGGUCUGCCCCUGGGUGGGCUACUCUUUGCCGCGGCCACCAGACCUUCAGGGAAUGAGACCCCAAAGGUGGGGGAUCCUCUCUGGAACACGCAGGACGCAAUUGGAGAGGAAGAGGGAGAAAGGAGGGGCUGCCUCUCUUUCCUGGAUCCCUGGAACAGCCUCCCAACCUGGGGGAGGAACAGGGCAGCUGCCCUGAGUUGAAGAGAGAUUGGGUUGUGGACCAUCCCAGCCGGAGACCCAGGGCCAGGGGUGAAAUCCAGCAGGUUCUAACAGGUUCUGGAGAACCGGUAGCGGAAAUUUUGAGUAGUUUGGAGAACCA